AUGCCGCCUCUUACUUCUUCACCUGCCGUUUCCCCGGAUAAUACCACCGAGAUUGGUCUUGAGGUUGUCUGUUCUUGGCCCGUCUCUGGGCAGUAUGGUCCUGGGACCAGAGUGCUGUAUGUCCACACCCGUCCACCAUCCCAAUCUCAAAGGCUUACGAUUCGCUCAAGAUACUAUGUUCUUAUCGCGGCCUGUGUCUUCGCGCGCAAGGAAGAAUGGGUGAGAAAUGCCUGCUUGGCCGGUGCUCUGCUAUUCCCCGCCAUUGCUGCCCUUCACGGCAUCGUCCUCGCUGCAGUGCAUGUUGAUGGGGCGGUUGAUAUGGAUGUAUAUGGGGCCUUCCAAUUAUGCUCGAUCGGGAUUCUCACGGCACCCCUUACGGCGAGGAUGUCGGGCACAUAUUUCAAGGAUCCCCGUCGGCACAUCAUUUUUCUAUGGACCGGCCUCGUACUUGCUGGGCUUCUGAGUAUAACUGUAGAACUAUUCCGUGUCAAGCCUUCGACGUGCACUCACGACGAUUACGGGAACCCUAUCCCAACCGACGCCUCUCAAUUCCCGUACGACGGCGCCACCUGCGAUCUCCGUUGUUCGGUCGAACACGGGCCCUUCUCUCCCAUUCGCGUUGGUGCAACAAACGAAAUCUACGUCGUCCCCUCACCAAGCAAGCUUACUUUCGGUACAGCUACAUUGCUGGCAGCGGCUUGUUGUGUCCCCGCCAUCGUGUCACUCUUGUACUUCUGGUCCCUGGUUCUUCAAGAUACUUGGAAUAUCCGCUUUGGCUAUGGCACCGAUCUCGACCGGCGGAAUGAGGUGAUUGAUGAUACCAACGGGGCUACCGUGGGAAAGAUGCUGCAAAUCAACGGCCUGGUGCGUGCGGUACUCAGCACCGUGGAAGCCCCGGUAUUUGCCGCCGCAGUGCUUGCCAUUCUGAUUCUGGGUGAGCAGAAUUUCUUCAGCCGUCAAGUGGACUGGGGAACAGAGCCGAUAGCCAGUAUCGGACAAUGGGCUCCAAUUGUAGGUACGGGCUUUGCAAUAUUCGGUUCGUUGUAUCUCUUUCUCACUGAUGAGGAUGCGACACCCUCGUCGACAUGUGAUUGCAGUUGUCACGAUGCGCAAGCCUCCGGGCCAAGCGACCAAAUAGACCCUCCAACCUCCGUAGCCGGCACCGAAACAACGGCUCCGGAAAUGACGGCCAUAGCCAGUCCUGAUAUAGCACAUACCCGACCUACCCGAGACGAAACUCCUGAUUACGGUUACCGACGCGGAAUUGGCCGAGCCCUCAAGCGCAUGGCGGACACGAUUAGCAUCGCCGCACACGAUCGCCUCCACGACGAUGACUUUACACAGGGGCCAGCAACCGACUUCCCCGAAAUACCUGCCGAGGCGCAGCGUAACAGCGAACUUCAACAGAUCCGGGAUCAGUACAACCAAAAGCGAGAUUCGAACGGUAACCACACCCUCUCGCGGGUCGGUUCAACCGUGAGCAUAGCUUCGUGGAGGGACGGCGACCGAAGUUCAACGACGUCUCACGGCAUCUCUCCUCGCUCAUCCCGACCGUCCACGCGUUCGCGAUCUCCGUCUCCUCUACCUUCCUCAGUUCGCGGGCUAAAUAGCAGCCCUGCUUCGGACUUGUACAAUGGCUCCCCAUCAUCCAGUGGUCCUCCAAUCAUCAACCCGCGCAAGCGUCAGAACACUCUAGAGGUCCCACCUCAUCAUGGCACCAUAAGACGCAGGUCUUCAAUAUCAUCGGUCUCAAGCUCCAACUUUACCAUACCGCGCAACCCAGCCUCACCUACCAUUGUGAUUUCAAUGGAUGACGACGAUUUUCCCGUCUUCCCGCCACCCGGCUCCCCCGCACCAGAGCGAGAAGAUCCUCCAGCUCCUUCCCGACACGGGCGGCGAUUCACAUCUUGA